AUGGACGUUGAAGAAUUUCGUAAAAGAGGCUAUGAAACCAUUGACAGAAUUUGUAAAUAUUAUCAAGAGCUUGAAAAUUAUGAAGUUUCGUCAAGAGUAGAACCAGGAUAUCUAAAGCUGCUGCUUCCUGAAAAAGCACCGGAAGAACCCGAACCGUGGGAGGCAAUUCAAUCCGAUAUUGAAACGAAAAUUAUCCCCGGAAGUGAUCCCAAUUUCUUUGCCCUUUAUCCUGCCAAUUCCUCAUUUCCUUCUAUAUUGGCUGGCAUGUAUUCUGACAUGUUUAAUGUCAUUGGAUUCAAUUGGUCAAGUUCUCCUGCUUGUACUGAACUCGAACCAAUUGUUCUUGAUUGGAUGGCAAAACUCAUUGGAUUGGAUCCAAAAUUUUACAGUAAUGGGAAAGGUGGAGGCGUAAUUCAAGCAUCUGCUAGUGAAGCGACGUUAGUAACGUUACUUGCGGCAAGACAUAGAAUAUUAGAAGAAUAUAAAGAGAAAGGUGCGAAUGAGGAAGAAUUACGCAGCAUUUCAACUCGACUAGUUGCUUAUGGUUCGGAUCAGACGCAUUCUUGUUUAAAAAAAGCGGCAAAGAUCACAAAUACGCUCGAUCGUGCUCUUCCUACCGAUCAUAAUUUUUCUCUCCGUGGAGUAACUGUCAAACAAGCAAUUGAAAAGGAUAUUGCUAAUGGAUUGAUUCCAUUUUACGUCGUUGGAACGAUAGGAACGACUGAUUCGGCUGCAAUUGAUAAAUUAACUGAAAUCGCGAAUGCAAUCAAGGGUACAAAGAUAUGGUUACAUGUUGAUGCCGCAUAUGCUGGUGCAGCUCUUGUCUGUCCCGAGUUUAAAUAUUUGUUAAAAGGGAUAAAUCGAGCAGAUUCAUUCGAUUUUAACAUGCACAAGUGGUUAUUAGCCAAUUUCGAAUGUUCUUGUUUAUGGAUUAAUAACCGGUAUCAUCUUAUAAAUGCAUUGUCGGUUUCACAAGAUAUUCUUAAAAAUUCUGCGAGUGAUAGUGGAUUAGUUAUAGAUUAUAAAGAUUGGGAAAUUCCACUGGGAAGAAGAUUUAGAUCUUUAAAGGUUUGGUUUAUUGUAAGAACAUAUGGAGCGAAAGGAUUAAGAGAACAUAUUAGAAAGAUGGUUAGACUCACGAGACAAUUUCACAAUAAACUCCUACGAUACCCCAAUUUAUUUGUAAUUUCAACACCUCCAAAAUUUGCAUUGGUUAAUUUUCAUAUUAAACCAAAUAAUAUUUUUACAAAAAGUUCAAAUGAACUUACAGAAAUUAUUUGUGAUAGAUUAAAUGAAAGUGGUAAAGUGUUACUUUCACUAACUAAGAUGAGAGGACAAAGUAUAAUAAGAUUCUCUCCUGGAUCUCCAUUAACGACAGAAAAACAUGUUGAUAGCGCCUUUGAAUUAUUAUUAAAUGUUGCAGAAGGGGUUAUUGCUUAUUCGUUAAAAAAUUAA